UCUCGUGCGUUGCCGUCGCGAUUUCACGCGUUCGCGUAAAAAAGUGUACGCAAUAAAAAAAAAAAAAAAAAAAAAAAAACAAAGAACGGAAACAACAGCCACUCGCCCGAGAAAAUAAUAGAGCCUGGAGGAGGAGGGGAGAGUAUACUUGAUUCGGACAAGAGGCACCCAUAGUGAACGGUGCGCGACGCGAGGAAGGAACCAACCCCCCCCGAAACGAGGCGGAGGUGGAAAAAAAAAAAAAAAAAAAAAGUGAGUGAGUAAACACACGAAACGAGGAGUGCGCGCCUUGCCCCGCUAAGCCAAAUCCCGAGCUGACAAGGGGACGUGUCCUCGGUGCAACACCGCGACCCAAAAGGAGGGUGGUUUUUGUCUCACUGGAUGCCAUGCGAGCGCGUCUCGUCGUCCACUCGUAGCCGAGUACCCGCGACAAUAUCACUCCACGUAUAUAAAUAGUAAAGCUAUAAUAAUAAUAAUAAUAACAAGUCCACGGCCAAGCGGCACCGACUACAACUUUCUGGCAGAGUUUUCGUGGCAGCCGGACAAGUGGAGUUCCUCAUGCAGACGCUACGCAAGAAAAACAGCCCAUGCAAGUUAAAAAACGAACCGGCUCGGUUUAUGGGGGACGGUGUCUCCUUCAAGGCGAAGCUCAUCGGUAUAUUGGAGGUGUCGGAAGCCCGGGGCGAUCGGAUGUGUCAGAAUGCGCUUGCCGACCUGAAAAUGGCGAUACGAGCGGCCGGGGAGCACAAGCAGCGGAUCACCGUGCAAAUCAAUAUCGACGGGCUGCGUUUGAGGGACGAGAAAAACGGAGACUGUCUGUAUCACCACCCGGUGCACAAGAUAUCGUUCAUUGCCCAAGACAUGAGCGAUUCUCGGGCAUUUGGUUACAUUUUUGGUUCACCCGAUACGGGGCACCGGUUUUUUGGAAUCAAGACUGACAAGGCUGCCAGUCAGGUGGUGAUUGCCAUGCGGGAUCUUUUUCAAGUUGUUUUCGAAAUAAAGAAGAAAGAAAUCGAAUUGGCGAAGCAACACAUUGAAAACAACGUCAUAAGGGGGGCUAGUUACUCGAUCGAACGCUCCCCGGAUACCAAGCAGGGCGCGGCCGGGAGUGAAGCGGCGCUUCACCGAACGGGCUCGGAAAUCGACAGAUCGAGGAAACACGAGACGCAAAGCGGAGUCGUGGCCGACUUGUUGGAUUUACAAUUUGAGUUGAACUCGUUGCAACAGGGGAUCCAUCAGAUGGAAAAAAUUACGCCCGAUAACCCCAGGGCUGCCGAGGACCCCUUCGAAACGGAUCCCUUUGGGGACUCGUUCGCAAAUAUGAAGAUAAAAGAACAAAUCAAACCUAUUUUACCUCCACCUCCUUCAUCUUCCAAACGAAGUCACUUUGAAAGGCAACAGACUGUGCAGCAAACGCCAACGUCCGGUACGUCUAGUCCGGCAAACGUGGUUAACAGCAGAACACCGCCUCCUCAAGGAUCCGUUCAUUGGUUUGAUAAGGAAACUGAGGAGUUGUUCAAUGAGGGCAAACGACCCAGUACUCCGAGAAAGAAUUCUUCAAGCGAUGAAGACAAGGAGCCGCCAUCUCAAUCGCAAGACCGUUACAAAGAGGUGGAUAUCUUUUCGGAGUUGGAUCCUCUUGGAACGGGAAUUAAGAAGCCGUAUGUGGAUAAGAAAGACUUUUUCCAGCAUUUGAAAAAUCCCCCGAAAAAGGUGCUGAAAGAUUUGGCCACGACCAAUUCGGAAGAUACUUUUCCAACGAAUUUCAACGCUACGUCUGAUUCGGUGGAGAAUCUACAAUCGGAAACGCCGAGUCAGUUGGAAGAUGGUGAAUUCGCUGACUUUGACAAAUUUAAAGAGGCCGAUGUACCCGCGAGCGAGAAAACGAGUUCCCCAAAAUCGUAUCGCAGGGACUGGAAGAGAUCGAUGCAACAUCAAUCUUUAUCAGUUUCCUUGCCACCGGAGGAAACCACAAGACCGAAAAAUUCGCAUUACGGCUACGUCAUGUCCAUGUCGAUGAACUCUAGUAAAUACGAUGGCAGAGAAUCUACUGAAAGUAUGCAAUCUCUAGUUAAAUUGCAAAGCCCAAAAAAGUAUUUGCAUUCCUCACGUAGAAACGAAUACAUAUCGGAAUACGGUGGAGGUAAGUCGCAGUCGAUCGAUAGAUCAUUCCCAGUUGAUUUUUCAUCCACGAGCGAAUCACCCGCGUCGCCACUGAGGUCUUGCUCAUCCGGUGCAAACUCUAGGUUGUCGAGUUCUAGUGCAGAAAUGGACAAUGUUCCCGAACCUCCGCCAAGAGGUGCUGGAAGUAUUUUAAUCAAUCCUCCCCCACUGCCGCCAAAGAAGCAUAGCUCCAGAGGAGGAAUUAAACCACCUCCGAGACCACCUCAUGGCGCGGGACACUUCCACUACGACUUCCUGGAGCGAGAAGAAAGCUCGCCUUCGCCCACGCGCAAGUAUCGCGGAACUAGUUCACCGAAAAAUAUGAAAGACCGAUUCGAUGAUAAUUUUAGCCCUCCCUUACCGCAACUGCCCAAGAGGUCCGACAAAAACUCAGGAUUUUCAAACUCAAGCUUUGAAGAUUCGUUCAACUCCAUACUUCAAUCACCAAAGUCUCCCGUGAAAAGCAUUCCAAUGAACAAGCCCGAGAUCAAUUGGGCCAACCUCACCAAGGAUAUAACCUUGAGUCAACUGACGUCUACUUUUUUAACUGACUUGGCGGAUAAUCUCGGAAUGUCCGUAGCCGAAGUGACGAGUUUGACGUUGCAACAGUUGACGGAAUGUAUCGAAUCCCUGGCAAGGAAGGACAAUUUAUCCGACAGCAAUACGGCAUCCACCGAUAAAAUGUACGCUCCGUCAAAGAGCAACGAUUUGAAUACUAGUGCCGAAAAAUCAUUAUCCAAGACUGCAGAAACUUCGUCAAACGAGCCACUUUUUAAAGCGACGUUUGAUCAAGAGCCGAAAUCUAAAAACACUGAUUACGAUAAAUACGCUGUAUUUAGGGAACUAUUGGAAUUGGAGCACGCCAACCAUGAGUUUGGAGCGCAAAAAUCCAGCGAAGAGGAAGAGACAGCUACGUCGGAAAAUCAAGAAGAGCCGGGGGAUAUAGAAGACGACGCUCAAAGUGACGAGAUGGACGAAACUGUUGCUUCUCUGGCAAAUUUGUCGGUCAAGUUACCAUCCACCGUUGAAAGCCAAAACGCAGGAGUUUUGUCUGCCUGUGAGUCGAAAUCGGUUGAAGAUCAUUCCGAAUCUCCGAAAGAAAUGGAAAUCAAUUCCCAAGAGGAGACCGAGUCCGACGAACAGUUUUGCAGCAAAGACACUUUCCGGAAGAACGACUCGUCAUCCGAUGUGACAAAAGUACAAAGCGAUGAAGCGGAAAAAAUGAGCAACGGCGAAAAUAUGAACGAAUCGAAAGAAUCCUUGGACAAAUUCGUCAUCACGGCAGAAGAGGUCAACGAAUUGUCGAAAAUCGUCGACAAGAAAUCAGAAAUCAAAUCGUCAAUUUCGGCGUCCAGCGACAAGUAUGCAGCCUUACGCGAAAUAAUUGAAGAAGUGGAGCAAGUGAGCCUGAAUAACGACAAUUUUGUCACUUCGCCGCUCAAAAGCUCAGUCAUGUCGGCCACUGAAGUGGAUUUACAAAGCUUGUUUUCGGACAACUUUACGCAACAAACGUCGAUCAGCGCGAAAAUAACGACCAAGAAAGACGAAGACGUAAAGACCACGGUGAUGGACAUAUUCGAAGAGAUAAAGAUGUUGAACACAGACACGCACCGUGGCAAUAAAGAAAGUAAGCCGUUACCCCCAAAGUUGGAUUCCAUGUAUGGUUCACUUGCGGAAACGAAGAAGGAAAAAGAGGGUUCCAAGGACGAGGAUAAUUGGGCGAAAUUCGAAUCCAACGCGUUUCAAACGAGCAAAUCGUCAACUGGUGAAGGCCAUCAAGGAUCUAUCGGGGGUACAUCCCCGUGGUCCCCCGAGGGUAAGGAGUUUAGUCGAGAAGCGCCAACUAGAAGGAGUAUACACCGACACUCGGGAGAAAGCGACAACGAGUGGAAAGACGACGAGGAGAGCGAAGAGAGCAACGGGAAAGCCAAGGGAGAGCAGCCGUGUUGUUCGGUGGCGCGACACCCUAGGUACGAUUUACCACCGUUCGAGGAAAGGCCUUUCUACGAGGAAACCGCCGAUCCCGAGAAGGACAGAAUUUUCCGUGACAAAAUGUGCCGUAAGACCAGAGGUGCGCCGUGGGUCAAAGGCGGCGGUCACCGACCUCGUGAGCCGAUACCCCGCGAAUCUUGGCACGACGACCCAAGGUGGGAGGAAGAACGCAGGCGGCACUUGCAUCGAAAAAACAUGGCCCCUUACAAGGACGAUGAGGAGUACAAGGCCUACUACAUGUGCCGGCUGAAGCAGAGGCCCUGGAACGGGGAGAGGGAAGGCUUUUGGGGACCCGAGCACCCGUACUACGAGGAGGAGUGCAAAAGGAGACCGGCCAUGUGGACCGACGAGGAGCGCGAAAGAUUCAGCAGCCAAGAGAGCAUGGGCUACGAAGAGGACGAAAGGUGGUACAGGCGGGAAUACGAAAGAAGAAGGUACGAGGACGACGGUGUCUUUUACAGGGGAGGACGGGCUGCCCCGGAAGGGGAGUACCCGUCCAGGGAGUCAUUCAAGAAACACGACCCCCACUACUUCCGCGAAGGUAGGGACCGGCACUACGACUAUCCCCCCAGCUGGGAAGAGGAGUACGGCCCAAAGCACCCCGAGGACUCGCCUAGGUACCUCACGAGGAAGAAAUAUUGGCCAAAGCGGCCGAACAGCGCCAACGAGGGCAGGGACAUGAUGUACGUCGACGUCCGGCCAAAGUGCGCGGUAUCGAGGUCCGAGUGCAGCGAUAACGACGCCGACCCGUACCACAGACCCUACAGAUCGCGGAGCCGAGAGAGCUACUGGAGCAGCGACCAAGAGUUCGAAAAUUGGGGGGAGAGGCCAUACUGGUCCGAGAA